CAAGAAUGAACCGCCAUAUUGCCGGGAAAACCAAAAUUCGCUUUUGUUUCCACUUUUGUCUUCCAAAUGAAUGUCAUAAAGGACCAAUUUGAGAAGGUUAGGCAGUUAUUCCUCUCAAAAGCUCCAGAGAAGCCAGAGAAUCGUAAACGAAGGUUAGAAAGGAAUGAAACAGAAGAGAUAGAUCUGACACAAGGUACACCUAAGAAAAGAAAGAGAAGUGAACUCAAUCAGGUACAGGUUGAGCCACGUCAAAGAUCCCCUAUUCAAUAUCUGAGACUUGAUCAGAUUGGUGAGUGGUUUGUAAGAACAGGACAUAUCAUCAACAGCAGUCCAAUUGUGACAAACAUCAGAGAACAUACAAGUCCUAGAAGGCUACGGGAGCGUUUUGAAAGGUUCAUUAGGACUGAACCAGAAGAAGACGAUAUUGUACUGCAAUAUAACAGUGACUCAUUUGCAGCUCCAAUGUCAAGAGGCCUGCACACAGAUAGGGUUUACUUACACUCAGGUACAACAGGAACCUCAGUUGAUAAAACACCCGUGAAGAGACAACUGCAAAAAAAGACUGAUGACACCAUGCUAGGAAGAGGCAACGUUAAAGAUAAGACAGCAGAUGAUAUAGAAAUUGUUGCAAUAUCAAAUCCACCAGAUAAAACAAACCAAGAUACAAAUACAUUUAAACUCCCAGUCACGAAUAAUAUAACACAUAGAUUAAAGCCAGGUGAAUCAAGACCAACCCCUGACUUCAUAUUUACUGCCACUAGCAAUACCUCCGCAAACAACCCUGGUGUGAAUAUAUCCUAUAAACAGAAUACGUCACGUUACUCGCCUGCCAUCCCCAAGAGUAGGAGUGUGUUCAGAAAAAAGAUGGGAGGGUGCCUAUCAAGGGGGCAGAAGGGGUCGACAGUUAGAAAUUGCAUCAACCUAGAUGAGAGAAACAGAUACCAAGAUCUCCUGUCCCAGUUUUCCACUGCACCCACACCAUGCACUACAUUUGGAAGCGGACCAAUCAAAACACAGAGACCUCUCUUCAAUGGAAAUACGGCCAAUACAUCCAUCCUGGGUAGCCAUAUACCCCCAGUGGAGAUGCCUAAGGGCAAGGCAUUUCAGAAGGACAUAAUCACCCCAAAUAAACAGACUGUACAGAUUAACAAACAUUAUCCUCAAAAGGGGCCUGCUCUUGGACCAUUACCUGGAAACAUACAGGCACAAAGAGCAAAAGCCAAAUCACCCAUCAGUCAAAGAGACAAUUUUGUUAACAAUGUUGAAAGAACACAGAGAGCAGAUCAAGAUGGUGUUAUAAAUAGAAGACUAGGGAAACGUGCAAGUCCAGAUGAACAAAUGUUCAGCUCAAGAGUGGAAAAAUCUGGCAAGAAGGAAUCUGAGAAAUCUGAAGAAAUUGUUGUGAUAGAUGAUGAUGAAUCUCCUCCCCUCGCAGAAGAGCUGAAGAAAAGUGUAUCUGGAGAGUUCAUAAACAGCAUAACAUCAAAGUAUGACAACACACACAGAUUACGCCAGAAGCAGAUAGAAGAAGAGACCUCCAAAUGUAGUGUAUAUGCUGAGAAGCGUGAAUUGUGGGAGACAGAUCUAACUAAAAGAAUCAAGGAGCGUAUUUACAUCUCUGAGCAGGAGCCAGCAGUUGAGGAGGAAAUCUUCAUAGAGUCUGAGGAUGAAGCAGAGGAGUUGCCAGAGCUUACUGAUGAAAUCCAAGCUAGGAUCAAUAAUGCUUUGAGCUCUAGGAACCCUAAUGAAGUGCUUGUUGAUGCCUUUAGACUUGAGGUGACUCGUAGAGAUAUUGCCACUCUCACUGGCCUCAACUGGCUAAAUGACCAGGUAAUCAAUUUCUACAUGGAGCUUUUAAUGGCAAGAGGGAAGCAAGACAACAGGCCCAGUGUUCAUGCCUUCAACACGUUCUUCUACCCUAAGUUAAUGUCCCAGGGCCAUUCGGGGCUACGCAGAUGGACAAGAAAGAUUGAUUUAUUCUCAAUGGAUUACAUUGUGGUUCCUGUACAUCUUGGAAUGCAUUGGUGCCUUGCUAUUGUGGAUUUUCCCAAGAAACAACUGCGCUAUUUUGACUCUAUGGGAGGAAAGAAUAUACAAUGUCUUGAAGCUAUUAAGUCCUACCUUCUAGCAGAGAGUUUGGAUAAGAAGAAACAAACAUUUGAUAUGAGUGAAUGGACCAUGGUUAUAGAAAAGGAUAUACCUCAACAGCAGAAUGGAAGUGACUGUGGCAUGUUUGCCUGCAAAUUUUCUGAAUACAUCACUAGAAAUGCGCCAAUAUCUUUCACGCAAGAGGACAUGCCAUAUUUCAGGCAACGAAUGAUAUAUGAAAUCAUUACUGCUCAAUUAAUGUGAUCUGAACCCACUGACUAGUGUCUAACAAUUAAUAAACAGUUUCCAAUUAUAAGAAAUAUGAAAUGAAUGUUCUAGCCACUUACAUAAUAACAUGAUUUUCAAAUACAUGCAUUGAAAUAUAUGCCAUAUCAAAUAAUCUAAAGAGUUUAGAUCAAGACCAUCUCUCGCAAAGUGUAUGUUUGAUCAUUUGAUAUACA